AUUUGAUCAAUUUCAAAACUGGAUAAGUUCUUAGAAAUUUACAAGCAAAAUUUGAAAAUAGUAACUCCGUCCACAUUUUUCAAAAGAGAGUGCGCAACAUGUGGAUUUCGCACGCACUUCGUUUCGUGGACGUUCUGCAAUCUCAAAAAUCGAGAUCUUAGUUCUGGGUUUGUUGUUUUUCAACUUUUUGACAAAUUGUAGCGCAGUUUUGCACUUGAAACAUGCCUGCAUUGCAAAAGAGAAAGCAGAAAAAGCUCUCCUUGUUUUCUAAAUUGAAAACGAACAUUGAAUACUUGUGGGACUUUGCAUUUAAACUUCUGACGGAUCCGGCGUACACAUGGAAGUUAUGCUGUCUUCUUAUUAUUGGAGAAAUCAUUUUAAAUAUACUGGUUGUACACUUUGUGAAAUACACAGAAAUUGACUGGGUUGCGUAUAUGCAGGAGGUCGAAGGCUUCAUCAACGGAACACGGGAUUAUACGGAACUAAAAGGAGACACCGGGCCGCUUGUUUACCCCGCUGCUUUUGUUUACAUAUACUCUGCUCUUUAUUACCUAACAUCACAAGGAACAAACAUAAAAGUAGCACAGUAUAUUUUCUGUUUGUUUUAUGUUAUUAAUUUAGCUCUUGUGGUUAGGAUUUACGAAAAAACUAGGCAAUGUCCUCCCUAUGUUUUUAUUUUUAUGUGUAUGACUUCUUACAGAAUUCAUUCAAUUUUUGUGUUGAGGCUUUUCAAUGACCCAGUGGCUAUGAUGAUAUUUUAUGCCUCAGUGAAUUUAUUUCUGUCAAAACAAUGGAGUAUAGGUUGCAUAUUUUACAGUCUCGCUGUCGGUGUAAAAAUGAACAUUUUUCUUUUUGCACCUGCAUUGUUGGUGAUCCUAUUGAUUGAAAAUGGAAUUUUAAAAACAAUUGGACAUUUAUUUGUAUGUUUACUCACCCAAAUAGUUAUAGCGAUUCCAUUUUUACUUGAAAAUCCAGUCGGCUACGUUAAAAAAUCUUUCGAGUUCAGUCGUCAGUUUUUCUAUAUUUGGACUGUAAAUUGGAGGCUCGUACCGGAGGAAAUAUUUCUAAACAAGCAAUUCCAGUUAUGCCUGCUCUUGUUACAUUUAUCAAUUCUUGUAUUGUUUGCAAUAUUUAAAUGGAGAAACGGAAUCAAGCAAUUGUUUUCCUUAAUUAACCCUUUCACGAACUGGGAAGCUAAUUUGCCAAAACUAUCUCCAACAAAAAUGGUUCAGAUUUUAUUUGUGAGCAAUUUCAUCGGUAUGUGCUUUAGUCGAUCAUUACAUUACCAGUUCUAUGUUUGGUAUUAUCAUACUUUACCAUUUUUAUUAUGGAAUAUAAAAAUUCAUUCAACAGCUAGAUUGCUCAUAUUCGGUCUAAUUGAACUUAGUUGGAAUACUUAUCCUUCCACAGUGUUUAGUUCUUCUCUCCUUCAUGUAAUGCAUUUAUUGAUGCUUAUAGGUUUGUUCCUUAGUCCUGAUGAGAUUAAUUCAAAGUCUAAAAAAACAUAGAGCAAUGGUUCUCAAACUUUUUAGCCCCGCUCCCCUUUCUAGAAUUUGUCAAGUCUCGCACCCCAACACAAAAAAUAUCACGGAAGCUAGCAAUAAGCUACAAAUAACAGAUAGUAAAGCAAAAGUAUGUAAAGUAAAGUAUUUAUUCAAAAAAACAUGUUCAAAAUAAGACUGGCACUAUCACAUCUAUUUUUGAUUAGCUUUUAUGCCCUCUCAAAUAAUUGUCUAUACCCCUUGUGGGGCGCGCUCCACCUUCUGGGAAUCACUGUCAUAGAGAUAGUUCCUAAACUGAAGUUCUAAUAGCACCCUUAUAUAUUGCUUUUUGGCUUGUAAAUGCACAUUGAAAUCUCAUUGUACUAGAGGCGAUUAGUGUCUGUACAUACAGUGUUUUCCUGGAAAUAAGAAGACAGGGUCGUAUUUCAAUUUUCCUCCAAAAUUAACACCUGGGCUUAUUUUUGGUGGUUUUGGUAUUUUUCAUUUAUCAAUAAGGGGAGGGCUUAUAAUAAAAUUUCAAAAUGUAAAUUUUUUAAAAUCAGGCUAGGUCUUAUUUUAGUUUAAACCCAGUAAUUACACUAAGAUUAUAGGAUCACCUCAAGAGUGGAUCAAACUCUAAAAAGCAAUUAGCCAAGUAAAUAUAUCAAACACAUUUUCCGGGUUGAUAGACCAGAUAUCCUUUUCCACUGGUGUGGAUUUCAUAUUGUUUCCGCAUCAUCCAGGCUACAAAUGAAAUCCUGUUGACACUAAACACCGAUCUAUUUCCUUGUUAUAAUAUGUGAUUUAUUAUCGUCACUCAAGUACAAAUUGUUUGAAAUUUUUAGGGGAUUUAACUUGAGCUAGUUUCAUUUAGUAUUAAUGAAAUAUUUUCCUUCUAUUUGUGUGUCUGUAAUGCAAUCAUUUGAACCUUGCAAUAAUUUGUUUAAUGCAGUUGUAUCUAAUGCCUAAUAGUCAUUUUUAAUGAGUUGGGAAAUUUUUUGUACUUUUUCUAUAAUUAUAUGUGGGAUUGCAUGAAGAAAUAUUCUAUAAAAAUGCCAUUGCAUGUUGCAUGGACUGUUUGACGUUUUAUACUAUCCUUUAAUAAAGCUGAUGUUAUGCUUUGCUGGUGUACCCUGUGCUAAUUGCUUGUAUUCUACUAAAUGCAUUUGUGAUCUUGAUCAAGUCCAUGCAUCUGGAAGAAAAUCUAGUUAAUUAUUUUCAUACCCGGCCUGAAAUGAUAACUAGAUGAGAUAGUUUGCUUUGUCAUAUGAUUAAGCCCUUUUUCACUUUCCACUCGCCCCCAGUAUAAAAUGUUAUAAAAACCUCUCCUAGUAGCAAAAAACUUUGAUGAGAAUCGUGGUAUAAUGUAUUUUGAAUAGAAUCUAUUAUUUGAAUCAUAG